CUACCUGCUUGAUACACAUUCAUAGUACAUCAGUAACCAUGGCUUCUAUUACCUCCGUCGUUAAGGCUGCUGACUUCAUUUUGUCCAGACCAACCUUGUCCAAGGUUGUCACCCCAUUGGCCAAGCUCUUCGUUUCCUAUGCUGGUUACAGAGAAAUGGGUUUAAAGUUCAACGAUUUACUUAUUGAAGAAACUCCAGUCAUGCAAAAGGCCAUCUCCAGAUUGCCAGCUGACGAAAGUUACGCCAGAAACUACAGAUUCAUCACAGCUCAUCAAUUAGCUUUGUCGCACCAAUUGUUGCCAGCCAACAAGGCCGUCAAGCCAGAAGAAGACACCCACUACUUGAUCCCAUACAUCUUAGAAGCCGAAAAGGAAGCCUUUGAAAAGGCUGAAUUGGACAGCAUUACCGUGUCUAAAUAAGCAACAUCGUCAAACUCAAAGUGUAUACAGCAACAUUUAAAAUAUAUAUAUAUAUCUAUUAGCAUC